GAUUCCUGUACAUUCGGAGCUGCUGAGCAACAGUCAAAAACGCGACUAACUUGUUUUAUUUUUUUAAGAAGCACGUAAAUUCACAGUUGUGUCAGCAGCGGUGAGUUAUGUUUGUUUUUCUGGUGUGUUUGCUGGCCGCAUGUCGCCUCGGAUCCCUGUACAUUCCGGAUGAGGUGACCGACCUGCCGGGUAUGAAGUUCAAACCAAACUAUCGCCAGUGGUCGGGAUUCCUUCAGGCACGGCCCGGGAAGUUCCUGCAUUACUGGUUUGUGAGCUCUCAGAGGGAUCCAGUCAAGGAUCCCGUGGUACUCUGGCUGAAUGGAGGUCCAGGCUGCAGCUCCCUGGAUGGGUUCUUGUCAGAGAACGGACCCUUUCAUGUAAGUGAUGAUGGGGCUACACUGUAUGAGAAUGAAUUCAGCUGGAAUAAGAUUGCCAGUGUACUGUAUCUGGAAGCCCCUGCAGGAGUGGGUUAUUCUUAUUCUGAUGACAAGAAGUACAAAACUGAUGAUGACCAGGUUGCAGAAGAUAAUUUCCUAGCUCUGCAAAGUUUCUUUGCCAAGUUCCCAAACUUCACUGAUAAUAAGUUCUUCAUCUUCGGGGAAAGUUAUGGUGGAAUUUAUGUGCCAACCCUGAGCUUGCGUGUGGUUACAGGAGCUCCCAAAAUCAAAUUUAAGGGCUUUGGAGUAGGAAAUGGUCUCAGCAGUUAUGCCCUCAAUGACCAAAGUUUGAUCUAUUUUGGAUACUACUACGGCCUCUUUGGAGAAACAUUGUGGCAUGAUCUCAACACAAAUUGCUGUGACAAGGAGAGCUGUAAUUUCUACAAUAGCACUUCAGAGACCUGCAAAACUCUGGUAAAUGUGGCCUUUAAUAUUGUGUAUAACGCUGGUCUUAAUGAGUAUGCCCUGUACCUGGACUGUGAGGGUGGCAUCGGGUCCAACAAAGCCUAUCAGAGGGCCAUGAGCCAUCUGUUUAGGAACUACAGGAAACACCCAGACACCUACAUAACAGACACCCAUUUUUUAGGUAAGUUCCCUCCCUCUGCGUCCCUGAAGGGGGUCCCACCGUGUAUCAACAGCACUGCUCAGACAAACUGGCUAAACAGAGGCGAUGUGAGGAAAGCGCUACACAUUCCAGCUACUCUGCCAAAGUGGGACAUUUGCAGUGAUGUUGUUGGAGAACAAUACACCUACCUUUACCUGACAGUAAAGGAGGUGUAUCUGAAGCUGCUUUCUCUGGGCCUUCAAGGACUCGUCUACAAUGGAGACACGGACAUGGCCUGCAACUUCCUGGGAGACCAGUGGUUUGUUGAAGACCUCGGCCUGAAGGCAACCACUGAGUACAAGAUCUGGACUUAUGAUGAUCAGGUUGCAGGCUUCUACCAAGUAUUUGGAAACAUCACUUUUUUGACAGUUAAAGGUGCAGGUCACAUGGUUCCUCAGUGGGCCCCAGGCCCAGCGUUCCACAUGUUCCAGUCUUUCAUAACAAAUGGAUCUGAGUCAGCAGGUCUUUAUUAGAGCUGCAAUCAUCACUUGUUGGGCAGUUCAUUUUUCUCAGGGUUUCAUUGUUAGGCACUUUGUGAUAUUAUACACAGUUGCUUGCAACAGUAUGCGCCCCCUUACUUAGAAAA